CUGUUGAACUUCAUGUAUAUCAUACAUGUCAGACUACCCGAAAGAGGUUGGUAUAGUUUGUGAUUGGAACACUUACCGAUCAUUGGACAAGACACCUGUCACUCAAAGAUGGGAUGGAUGGAUAGAUAUCUAUGAAGAUGAACAGAUUACAUAAAACGUGGGCAGGAACUAGACCCAAAGAGCUUUGUAUAGCCAUGAAGUUGUUGAACAAGGAGGAGCUGAAGAAAGCAGAGGAAGCGCUCAGAUAUUAUUGUCCCCAGGCGCAGCAGCACUUUAAAAAAAAAAAAAAAGCUAUGAAGGUGCUGAGCAAGGAGGAGCUGAAGAAAGCUGAGGAAGCUCUCAGACAUUACUUUCCCCAGUCACAGCAGGUAUAUGGAUUUGUUUUUCUGAUGAAUCGAGUUGAAGCCAGUCCCACAGAUGUGCUGGUGGAUCGCUGGCCUGAUUUUAACGUCCUAUUCAUCAGACCACAAAGGCAGGAGAAAGCAGAUCUUUUCAAAGCCAUGUCCGUUUUUGCCAAGGAUGACAGAUCCCUCAGGAGCGUACUGAUCAGGACAGACAUUUUUGACUGGAAGCAGUACUUCUGUCUAAGUGUCGACGUGUGCCACAUGGACCUGAUAAGAAGUACAGCUGUGAACAAAGGGGUGCAGAAUAUUAAAAACCACAUGUGCCACAUGAUGAAGCUCAAAGAUCCUUCUAAACUUACCACGGAAAGGUUCUCCUUAACAGUGUCUUCGCUGGACGAGUCGCACGUUGCUCUGGUCAAUAGCACCUGGAAAUUUGGCUGCGGUGAAUUAAGUGAGCGGUUCAUCAGGGAAAUUAUUGUGAACUUUCCUUCGUGUUGCCUGCUGGAUUCUGAGGGGCGACCGGUGUCCUGGAUCUUGACCUAUGCUUCCUGUGCGAUGGGAAUGCUGUACACAUUGCCAGAGCACAGACAGAAAGGCUACGCCAAAGCCCUGGUCACCAUAUUGGCAAAGAAACUACAUUCAGACGGCUACCCGGUCUACUGCUUCAUUGAGUUGGAGAACCAACCAUCGUACAGGCUCUUUACCAAUUUAGGUUUCACCUCAGAUCCAUCUUACAGGGCUUGGUUUGUAUGUGAUCAUUAAAAACAAGCUUGUUUAUAGAGAUAUUUGUUGGAUGAGAAUUUGGUGAUAUCACGUAAUUGUUUUAAUCAUUGAGACAUAUUGUUUUAGAAAGGCUGCUGUUGAGCUCUCACACAAACUGACCACAGAUUUCACACCUUUUCUUUAUUCUGAUGUUUGAUUUGAACAUUACCUGAAGCUCUUGAUAUGGACCUGCAUUAUUUGGCUGAUUAGAUUACCGUAGAAUUGAGCAGCUGGGCAGUGAGUGUAUUUAUCAUUUACACACAAAAGUAAUAUUUUAUUUAUUCACCCAACUUAAAUAUCCUGUGUGAGUCCUGUGCAUGUCCAAUUAUUUUUUCAUUCUUAGAUUUCUUCUCCUGGUACAUUUUAAAGAGAGACAUAUGACUGAUCUGGUAAGCCUUAUUGCAAUGUGUCUUAUAGUGUGCUGUGGACCAUUCACUUUAUGUAGACACAUGUCCUUCUAAAUGUUAUGUCAUGGCCCUAGUCACCAAACUCUUUAUUUUAAUUCUUUAUUGAUUAUUUUCAAAGCAUCUUUGCUUUAAAACAUCUACAAAACAUAGUACUGUAUUUUUGUUCUCUGUUUCAUAUCAAACCAUUAGCUAUUCACCUUUUUUACAGUGGGGUAAAUAAAUAUUCACAGUUCCUGUGCAGCAAUUCAUAUGAAAUUUUUCAUACCAAAAAGCUCCAUUAUGGAAGAAAAGGCAUGUUGAAGCUUGUUUAAACAUUUGGGAAAGUCUGUGAGUUAUUUGGAAAAUGGAGGCUGUAGUGGUGGACUGCAUCUUUUGUUGGUUUCUUGACAAAAAGCUCUUUCAGAGUGUUCUUGGCUCUUGAGCUACGUCGGAGCUACAUCCUCUGACUCUCUGGUCAGAAAUCUUGUGAAGAGCUCCUGUGCCUGGCUUGUGAAUGAUGGCAUGAUGUUUUUUACACUUGUGACUAAGAGCUCAAUAAUCUCUUCAUUCAUUCAUUCAUUCAUUCAUUCAUUCAUUCAUUUUCUACCGCUUAUCCGAACUUCUUGGGUUAUAGUGAGCUUGUGCCUAUCUCCGGCGUCAUCGGGCAUUGAGGCAGGAUACACCCUGGAUGGAGUGGCACUAACCCAGCUAGUUCAUAUUUAAUUCCCCUUCUCUGUAAUGUGGUGCCAACUUUUCUGAAUCUUUAUAAUUGUUGUACUUUUGUUUUGCUCAGUACUUUUAUACUUUCAUGCACUUUUAGAUGUCAGAUCAAACCUGUCCUGGCUAUUUUAGAGGGACCAAAAACAACGAACACAAUAAAUUUCUCUAAUAAUCAGAAAUUGCCCACAAACCCAAAUAAACAUGAAUGUCAUUUUCUCCAUUUUUGUAUAAACAAACUCUGUACCAUUUACGCUGGGUCCAGCACUGUAAGAAAUAAAAAAAUGUGUGAAAAUAAAACGGUGAGGUUGAA